AAACCCACGUGGGCUCCAGUUCAGAACCUACGCGCACUGCAAGUUCAUUCUGUUCGACUUACAGCUCCUUCUGACAGUCAAGCAGUCAGCACGACUAAAACCGUCCUCGCUAACUUUACCUUUCAAAAUGUUCCGUUUGCCCAGUGUAAUGAGACAGGUGCGACCAGUGUGCAGGGCACUGGCCCCCCACCUCACCCGUGCCUAUGCUAAGGAUGUUAAAUUUGGAGCAGAUGCCCGUGCCCUUAUGCUGCAGGGUGUGGACCUUUUGGCUGAUGCUGUUGCUGUCACCAUGGGGCCCAAGGGCCGCACAGUCAUCAUCGAACAGAGCUGGGGUAGCCCCAAGGUUACUAAGGAUGGUGUGACCGUAGCCAAGAGCAUUGACCUCAAGGACAAAUACAAGAACAUCGGUGCCAAACUGGUUCAGGAUGUAGCUAACAACACAAAUGAAGAGGCUGGGGAUGGUACCACUACCGCUACAGUGCUGGCACGGGCCAUUGCAAAGGAGGGCUUUGAUACCAUUAGCAAGGGUGCCAACCCUGUGGAGAUCAGGCGUGGUGUCAUGCAGGCUGUAGAGACUGUCAUCAGUGAGCUCAAGAAACUCUCCAAGCCUGUCACCACUCCUGAGGAGAUUGCGCAGGUGGCCACUAUUUCUGCAAACGGUGACUUUGAGAUUGGUAGCAUUAUUUCUGAUGCCAUGAAGAAAGUUGGCCGCAAGGGGGUGAUCACCGUAAAGGAUGGCAAAACCCUGCAUGAUGAGCUGGAAAUCAUUGAGGGCCUGAAGUUUGACCGUGGGUACAUCUCCCCUUACUUCAUCAACACAGCCAAAGGUCAGAAAUGUGAAUUCCAGGAUGCCUAUCUGCUUUUAAGUGAGAAAAAGAUCUCCAGUGUACAGAGCAUUGUCCCUGCCCUUGAGAUUGCCAACCAGCACCGGAAACCCCUAGUCAUUGUGGCAGAGGAUGUGGAUGGAGAAGCCCUCAGCACCCUGGUGCUCAACAGGCUGAAGGUUGGGCUACAGGUUGUCGCAGUAAAGGCCCCUGGUUUUGGAGACAACAGAAAGAACCAACUACAGGACAUGGCUGUUGCUACUGGGGGCACUGUAUUUGGUGAUGAAGCACUGGGCCUUGCAGUGGAGGAUAUCCAGGCACAUCACUUUGGAAGGGUGGGUGAGGUGCUGGUGACCAAGGAUGACACCAUGCUGCUGAAAGGCAGUGGGGACCCAGCUGCCAUUGAGAAGCGGGUGGCGGAGAUCAGUGAGCAGCUUGAGAGCACCACCAGUGACUAUGAGAAGGAGAAGUUGAAUGAGCGGCUGGCCAAGCUGUCUGAUGGUGUAGCUGUUAUAAAGGUGGGAGGCACAAGUGAUGUGGAAGUGAAUGAGAAAAAGGACCGCGUAACAGAUGCUCUGAAUGCAACACGAGCGGCAGUCGAAGAGGGUAUUGUACCUGGCGGAGGCUGUGCUCUGCUGCGCUGUAUCCCUGCACUUGACAACAUCAAACCCCUCAAUUCUGACCAGAAGAUUGGGAUUGACAUCAUUCGCCGUGCUUUGCGCAUCCCAGCAAUGACCAUUGCCAAAAACGCAGGGGUUGAGGGCUCUUUGGUGGUAGAGAAGAUCCUGCAGAGUGGGUCAGAAAUUGGCUAUGAUGCACUGCAGGGCGAGUAUGUCAACAUGGUGGAGAAGGGCAUCAUUGACCCCACUAAGGUUGUCAGGACAGCUUUGCUGGAUGCAGCAGGUGUGGCAUCCCUUCUCUCUACUGCAGAAGCUGUUGUUACGGAGAUUCCCAAGGAGGAAAAAGAAGCCGCCAUGCCUGGUGGCAUGGGGGGCAUGGGUGGCAUGGGUGGGGGCAUGUUCUAAAGCCCCUCUGAGUGCAAAACCAGACUUAAUGUUGGUGGAAGGGGCAGCUAGACACAUUGUUCCAGUCUUCUCCACCUCCAAAACUCACUGGCAAUGAGUUUCACCUAACAGACAUGCCCACCAGCUCUGACCCUCUGCUGUCCUGUAUUGGAAGUUCCCUACUUUCUCAUCCAACUUGGAACAUACUCCAUACUGUCAAACACACACCUUCAAGGCUUUGUCAAGAGUCUGUUUGCAGUGUAACAAAGGAGCUGUCAGUUUUAUUGUAUACAGGGAAGGGUAGUUACUUAUUUUCUUGGUCAGUGGUUCAGUUGUGCCCCUUAUUUUAAAUUACACUACUUGAGUUGCCUUUUUCUGUGAAGUGUGUUUUUUCUACCUGAAAAAAUUUAACACACAAACAAAUUACUUACUUGCCAGCCCUCAGUUUGAGUCCAAGGAGUGGUUUUUCUUAAACCUGUGCUUAGUUUUCAUGUCUUGUGGAUACUCAUUCCAUAAUAUAAGGUUGUUGGUAAGACUUAAUGAAGAAGGCAUCCCUUAAUGAUCAUUUAUCAGUGUAGUUUAUAGACAUUUUUGAAAGAUGGCAACAUAGAGGCAUAUAGUCCAGACAGCAGUGAAGGGGGAUAUGGUCAAGUAGUUAUGUGAUGGUUCUUUAACUUCUCUGUGCCCACUGUGGAAAUAACUAUCUCGAAAGUGGUUUUUAUCAAGUCUUAAACAGCCACUUCUCUUACCUGGAAGGUGCCCCAAUGUUUAAUCCAUAACUACAGAGAAGCUAGGAGGAAUAAGUGGAUAUUUUUAUAUUGGGCAGUAGCCAAGAGGCAAUAUUCAGAAAACAUUACUUUGAUUACACAACUGUGGUGUGACUUCCUUCACAUGUUAAAACAUUUUCAUUGACCUUACUGUAACCCUUAGGUUGUUUGUGUUUUGUGUUGGGGGGGGGAAUUGAUGGGUCUGAGUGGUGGGGGUGUGAAUUAGACAUCCCCAUUUCACAGCAGUUCAUCACUUAUCUUGCGCGUUACACAUAUGGCAUCAAUACUGCAGCUGUGUGUUAUAUGAACCUGAGUGCAUCUGUCCAGCUGUGGAAUGGGGAUUUAAAGGUGUUACUCUGAAAUACAGUAUGUAACAGACAUUCUUUUCUUAAUUUCUUUUUUCCUUUGAAGAAGCAGCAGUGAUAAUUCAACUUUGUUUUUUACAAUGUAGUGUAAUUUUUUAUUUAAUAAAAGCUGAAUGUACAUCA